UCAGGGGAGGGCGAGAGUAUGGCGAGAGGCGGAACAAACCGGUGUGUGUGCCCGGAUACACGCUGAAACGGCUCGCCCGCACUGCAGAUUAACCCUUCAGACGCCGGGGAUGCUCAACACUAAAGCACAAGUCCCUGCAUCCGCGUCUCUUUGUGUGUUUGUGGGUCUGUUUGGUCGUGUUGUAUGUUGUGAGGAGGUUUUCCCCCUGAUAUUGAGGCACAACACUGGCUCUCCGCGAUCCUCGGUGUAAUCGAGUAAUCUGACAGGCAGAGAUAUAGCCUGAUGAUCCAGUGAUGGACAGCUCCUCGACUGAGGGUUUUUUGCAGAAGUUAAAUAUUUAAGACAACUAUAUAAGCGACAACAACAAAUCAUCAAUCUACCUCUGACAAGAUCAGCCAUAAGUAACCUAUCAACUCUGUUUGACCACAAAUCUUUCUUUGUGACUGUCUGAAGAUCCACUUUUCUCAACCAAGUCAACACCUCUUACAUAUAGGCCAUUAUAUUGCUGCAAGGAAAAGCCCUCAGCCAAUCCAGUGGCUGACGGGUUUGGGGGAGGAGGAGCUUGAAGUGUCAUCAGGAGUGUUGUGAAGUUGGUGGCGAGCAGCAGGCUGCUGGGGCCCGAAUGCAGAAUAUCCUCGAGCAGAACUUGGACAUGGCCACGGCUCUGCUUGCGGGUGAGAAGUUGAAGGAGUUGAUCAUGCCGGGAUCCACACAGGAUGAGAAAGGCGGGGCACUCGCGGGUCUCAUGGUGCAACUCAAACUAGAGCUGCCCUUUGACCGGGUCGUCACUAUUGGGACUGUCAUCAUCCCCAUACUGCUGGUCACAUUAGUUUUCACACGGAACUUUGCAGAGGAAUCUAUAUAUUGCUACACCCCACACAACUUCACACGAGACCAGGCCCUGUAUGCCAGAGGCUAUUGCUGGACAGAGCUGCGAGAUUCAGUGCCUGGAGUCGACCCUGAACUUCGCCCGUCAUUGUUUGAACACAAGUUUCUGCCCUACGCUCUGCUGGCCUUCGCAGGCAUCAUGUACAUACCUGCCCUGGGAUGGGAGUUCAUGGCCUCCACUCGCCUCACCUCUGAGCUCAACUUUCUCCUUCAGGAGAUCGACAACUGCUACCACAGGGCAGCGGAGGGCAGGGCGCCCAAGAUCGAGAAGCAGAUCCAAUCCAAAGGGCCAGGAAUUACAGAGCGCGAGCGACGGGAGAUCAUUGAAAAUGCUGAGAAGGAGAAAAGUCCCGAGCAGAACCUGUUUGAGAAGUAUCUUGAGCGCAGAGGGCAGAGUAACUUUCUUGCUAAGCUAUACCUGGCGAGACAUUUAGCCAUCAUCUGCCUCAGCUCAAUACCUAUAACAUACCUGAGCGCGUACUAUGCUCGACAGAGGCAGAAUGAGUUUACUUGUGCACUUGGCGAGCCGCCAGACACAAGCAGCAUUCCUGAACUGAGGUUGAAUGUGAACUGCAAGCUACCAGCCGUGCAACUCCAGCGCAUCAUGGCCGCUGUGGACAUUUCUUUGCUGUGCACCAUGAACCUUAUUAUCCUUUUGAACUUGCUGCAUUUGUUUGUAGUGCGCAAGUCCAAUUUUGUCUUUGACAAGCUACACAAAGUCGGCAUUAAAACACGCCGGCGCUGGCAGAAGUCACAGUUUUGUGACAUUAACAUUCUGGCCAUGUUCUGUAAUGAGAAUCGAGACCACAUUAAGUCUCUCAACAGACUGGAUUUUAUCACCAACGAGAGCGACCUCAUGUAUGAUAAUGUGGUGCGGCAGCUGCUGGCAGCGCUGGCUCAAUCAAACCACGAUGCCACUCCAACCGUGAGAGACUCUGGUAUCCAGACUAUUGACCCCAGUAUGGACCCCUCAGUGCUCGGUGUGGGAGAGCUGGGAGGAGAGCCCUCGGUAAUCAAAAGACCUCGCAAAAAGAUGAAGUGGAUCCCCACAUCUAACCCUUUGCCGCAGUCUUUUAAAGAACCCUUGACUCUAACAAGACUGGAAAAUAGCAUAAAGGCAGAGAAACCUAAACCAGUCCGAAGGAAGAAUGUAGCAGAUAGUAUUAUUGCUCCACUUCUGGACAGCAAGAGCACACAGUAUCCUCCUACUAGCAAAGAAACAAUUAAUAUAGAAAAGAAACACUCUCUUAACCUCUCGCUGGAUGUUCAUCCCUACAUGCUGACUAUCCAGAAAGCAGAAACAGUCAACCCUGAGCCUCCCCCUGUUGAGCACUCUAUCAGUAGUGUGUAUAUUGAGGGUCCGCAUACAGUUGUCCAUGUCUCAUCUACUCUUACUGAAAAGAAAGAGUCUCCUCCACUGUCCACCACCACUGCCUUCUCCACAGCCACUCUUCCCACAAACUCCUAUUUGAAUGGUGGGACGGCCAGCAUGCCUCCUCCUCUAGACUCCCCGAAAGUUAUAGGUCCCCUCAACCAGGAGACAAAGCCUGAGAGCCAGCCUGUGCCAUUUAGUCGAAACCCCUCACUCCCGCUGCUGAGCAUUCAUCAUACCUUAUAUGAACAGGACGAGGAUGAGCAAAACAGAAGACUAGCCAGACCGGGCGAGCUGAUUGCUGCUGGAGAGUGUUGAAGGAAAAUGCAGAAACAGGCCUGCGUGCACACAAACACACAAAAACACAACAAUGCAAAAGCACUUAGAGCAUUAACUGAAGCACAAAGGAAUAUGCUGGUUUUAGGGUCAUAUCUAUAUAGUUUGGUUGUUAUGGGUAAUCUCAGAUUAUUCCAUUUUCAAGAAUUGGGCCAGGCGAUGUCUAAAAUAUUAUAGUCUUAAAGGUGCACUUUAUUUAGGUUCAAAUGAUCAAAUAUUUUUUAUUUUUAACUGGCCAGUAUGGUAUAUGACCAGUGUUAGAUUAAAUAGAUGCAGAUUUGGUGACUGACGUCACUCCUGAAAUAGAUGGAAGCUUGUUUCUGCCAUCGGAAAAGAAUCAUAUCUGACAAAUAGAACUUUUUCCCCCAAAAAUGACAAGCUAAUAACUUGCAGUUCUUAGAAUUUUAUUGAAUUGUCUUUUAUAUGUAUGUGUAUUUCAUUUCAUAUAUCUCAAAGCACUACAAAUAUCUUGGUUACACUUAAUAUUACAGUCCAGUUUUGCAUGUACAUUCUAUAUACACUCACCGGCCACUUUAUUAGGUACACCUUAUUAUUAGGCAGUUCAGUGGGCGCAAAUGCCUUGUUGAUUCCAGAGGAGAAUGGCCAGACUGGUUCAAGCUGAUAGAAAGGCAACAGUAACUCAAAUAACCACUCGUUACAAUCGAGGUAUGCAGAAGAGCAUCUCUGAAUGCAGAACACGUCCAACCUUGAGGCAGAUUGGCUACAGCAGCAGAAGACCACACCAUGUGCCACUCCUAUCAGCUAAGAACAGGAAACUGAACCUCUGACAGGAAACUGAACUCACACAGGCUUACCAAAAUUGGCUAAUUGAAGAUUGAAAAAACAUUGCCUGGUCUGAUGAGUCUCCAUUUCUGCUGCAACAUUUGGAUGGUAGGGUCAGAAUUUGGCAUCAACAACAUGAAAGCAUGAUCCAUCCUGCCUUGUAUCAACGGUUUAGGCUGCUGCUACUGGUGGUGUAAUGGUGUGGGAGAUAUUUUCUUGGCACACUUUGGGCCCAUUAGAACCAACUGAGCAUCGUGUCAAUGCCACAGCCUUCCUUAGUAUUGUUGCUGACCAUGUCCAUCCCUUUAUGACCACAUUGUACCCAUCUUCUGAUGGCUACUUCCAGCAGGAUAAUGCGCCAUGUCAAAAAGCGCAAAUCAUCUCAGACUGGUUUCUUGAACAUGACAAUGAGUUCACUGUACUCAAUUGGCCUCCACAGUCAUCAUAUCUCAAUUCAAUAGAGCACCUUUGGGAUGUGGUGGAACGGGGAUUCUCUUUGGAAUAUUUACAGUAUGUGGAAUAUUUCCAGUACCUUGUUGAAUCUAUGCCAUGAAGGAUUAAGGCAGUUCUGAAGGCAAAAGAGUGUCCAACUCGGUACUAGUGAGGUGUACCUAAUAAAGUGGCCGGUUAGUGUAUAUAUUAAACCUCAACCUACCCAAAACCAAACUUUAAAGGUGCACUAAGCAAUAUUUGAAAAUGCUUUUCACCACAGUGUUGGACAGAGUUCCAAAAUACAUCCAAUCAGCAGUAAAGGGUGUAUAUACUAUAACUAUAUCGAUAAAGAGAUAGCAGUUGCAAAAGUUGCAAGGUCAUGGGCAAUAGGCGUAUUUGUUUCAAAUGACAAAAUUGUUCAGCAAAAUUUGCUCAGUGCACCUUUACCCAGUACUUUUUAAAAGUAAAAGACUGUAAGUGCAUGUAAAUAAAUAUAUUGUAAAAUAAAGGGCAACCAAUAAUUAUUUAAGUUAAAAAGUGCACCUCCUAACAUCAUUCCCCAGUCUUACAUUCACAGACGUUAAAAGGAAAAUAAAAUCAAUCGCCCAUGACUUUGGUGCUCACCAUAUGGGUUAAAGAGUUCCCUAAGACAUUCCAAAUGAAGGCAAAGGCCCAUUAGAUUUUUGCACAAAGCACCAUUUGUUCCUGUUUAGCGUAGUGUCAAUGCAUUUGUGUGUUUUUCUUUUUACACAUUCAGGGUCAGCUUCAUAUAAUGUCUUGAGGUAUUCAACGCAAUACAUGUAUUCUUAAAAUAUGCAACCUCAUUUCCUACUGUCGCAAUAAUAUGCACAUUUGGAAUGUAUAUAAUUAGCUGUACAGGAAGAAAUAGUUCUUAGAUAUAAUAUGAGAGAUUAUAGGCUUUUUUUAAAUGACGUUCAUCUACACCUCUGGUGCACUUACUCAAUGAGACUGUAUCACUCUGGAUCAUUCAACUCCGGAUCGCUUGAAGAAAUGUGGAUCCUUAUACCAGCUUUUUUUAAAGCUGUUUUGUUCAGACAGAUGUUUUCCAACUAAAGAGGAUUCAUAAAAUGGGCUUUUAAUACCUAUUGUAUGUCACCAUGAACCACAACUCGUGUGAAAUGUCAUUUUAUCUUUGUAAAAUCUAGCUAAAACCUUUGAUAUUCACUAAUGGUGAAGUAUUAAAAAUGCCCUGCCAAAACACUUUUACAAGAAGCGCACAACAACUCACAGCAAAUAGAUUCCAGGAGCACUUGUUACCACAUGGCAUGAGAUUGAUAUUAGGAGUAGUUGCUGCAGCUCACUGUUUUUUUAGCAUAUAUCAUGGUCCAAGUGCAAUAUUUUGAUAAUGAUUAUGUGAUACAGGGACGAUCAUAAAUCACAAUACCAUCAGAUUGGAAGGAACUGCACUUGAUUUUUCAGGCUUGGGUCUUUGUUAAUAUAAUUUGAUGGUAUUAUGGGUGCUAAUAUCAAGCUUGAAAAUAUUGUAGUGGCAUUCAGUCUUUGAGACUGAAUAUGUUCAAAUGGGGUUAGAUACUAUGGUAAAAAUGUGUAUGGCUUACGUCACCUAGUUUGUUUUGUUCUUGCAUUUAUUGCAAUUUCAUUUUUUGUUGUCUGUUUUGGCACAAAUUCUUAAGAAAUGCUUUAUAUAUAUGUGUGUAUAUUUAUGGAACUGCAGCAUAUCAACCAAGUAAUCUGCUUAGAGAAAUGAAUUAUGCUAAAUAGAAAAAUGUUAGAUUAUCACAUGGGUUGUAUACUGCAUGUCCAAAAGUUAAGCAAACACAUUAUUCGGAUAGGGAAAAAACAUACAUUUGAAUCAUAAAUGCAAAAACUCACCUAGUCUGUCUUGCACAUAUCAGCCCUUCAUCUUUUUCUGUA